AUGAAAACCAUCCCACACCAGGAAAACCAUCCAACACCAGGAAAACCAUCCCACACCAGGAAAACCAUCCAACACCAGGAAAACCAUCCAACACCAGGAAAACCAUCCAACACCAGGAAAACCAUCCAACACCAGGAAAACCAUCCCACACCAGGAAAACCAUCCAACACCAGGAAAACCAUCCAACACCAGGAAAACCAUCCAACACCAGGAAAACCAUCCAACACCAGGAAAACCAUCCCACACCAGGAAAACCUUCAAACACCAGGAAAACCUUCAAACACCAGGAAAACCAUCCAACACCAUGAAAACCAUCCAACACCAGGAAAACCAUCCAACACCAGGAAAACCUUCAAACACCAGGAAAACCUUCAAACACCAGAAAAACCAUCCCACACCAGGAAAACCAUCCCACACCAGGAAAACCAUCCAACACCAUGA